UAAUAAUAUUAGGCUAAUCCGAAUUUCCUGGAUAUAUUAUUUUCCAGGCUAGGGAUAUAAAGUGCAACAUUUCACUAAAGUUACGGUGUAACUAAACGUCUAAUCCUAUGGUCUAAUCUUUCUUUGAAUCCAUAGAUAAAUGGAUCUUUCAUACUGUUUAUACAUAUAAUGAACAUUUGUCUAUAAUGAAUGAGUCGUAAUUUUGUAUAUCUUACCAUGUUCUAGAACUAUUAUAUUCAAUGUUCCUAUUCUAAUAUAUCUCCAUCAUAUCCUUAUCAUUGUCGAUAAUAGGCGAAAUGGGUGAUUUCAAUUCUAGGAGAAAUGAUAAUGAAAAUAGAAGAAAUCCAGGAAGAAGAAAAUAUGUAAGAUCUGAUGGCAAUGGAGCAUCUUGGAGACCAGGCCAUGGGCAUACUGCCGGAAGUUCAGGAUUUAAUCAAAAUAGGGCAGCAAAUUCAGGUCGGAAUAAUGACAGACGUUUAAACCAAAGACCAUCCUAUACUAAUCGACCGGAAAGAAGCAUGGGAUUUAAAUAUAUAGAAGACUUGCUAACACUUGAUCCCAAGGAUGUAGUAUUUAAAUUGUCAGAUGAUAAAAAUGGUUUUAUAAAACUUCUAAAUAGUACAUCAAUUAGCAGUGAUUUGAUCAUUUUAAUCUUAAAUCUGAUACAAAAAGUUUGCGAAGUCUCUUUUAAUGAUGUAAAAAUUAAACUUUUAACUAACAUAUUACGUAGUAAUUUCAUGGAUAAACUUACCAGUUAUAUAGCUUCCAUCCCAAAUCAGUCUUCAGCUAACAAAAACAACAAUAGUUAUUUUUGGAAGGAUACUGAUAAUUUUUAUAAUAAUUUGUUAUUGUUAGCAACAACUGUACAUGAAAUAAUUCCUUCAUACUCAGAAAAUAUACAUCAGAUAUUAACUACUUUUCAUGUCUUUGUACCUUUAAUUGAACAACAGCAUGCCAUACACAUAUCUGAUGGUAUUAAAGAAUCACUGAAACAUUUAUUAUUUGUUUUAAAGAAAGAUAUAGAGUGUUUACAAACACAACCUAGACAGAAAGAUAAAAUAGUUGUGGAUGAACUUGAACCUCCUAAUGACUUCAGAGACAUUGCCGUCGUACCAACAGCUGCAGAAAUUCUAUUGGAAAAAUCACCAUACUUACGUUCAAACAUUAUUAAUGGAGCUUAUAAGAAUUAUGAUCACUAUUUAGAUAUACAGUUUCGAUUAUUACGUGAAGAUUUUGUAUCUCCAUUACGUAAAGGAAUUCAAAAUUUUUUAUUUAACGAGAAUAAGGAUAAAACAGAACGAAGGAAAUUGGAAAAUAUAAGAUUUUAUAAAAAUGUUAUGUUUUUGGGUGCUGAACCGGUAAAUGAAAACUACUGUUACAAAGUUCAGUUUGAUUUUAACAAAAAAAGGACGUCUCGUUCAUUUGAAAAUUCAAAAAGAUUUAUGUUUGGGUCUUUGAUAUGUUUCACUAAUGACAGUUUUAGAACACUACUAUUUGGAAAAGUUGUUGAAAGGGAUGUCAAACUUUUAGAUAGCGGUAUUGUAGUUAUUGGGUUUGAGUCCAACAUAAACAUCGAUUUUAAAACUACUUAUUUGAUGAUAGAAAGUAGUAUUUAUUUUGAACCAUAUUUUCAUGUGCUCAAUGUACUGAAAGAAAUGGACGGCAACAACUUUCCUAUGGAAAAAUAUAUAAUAAGAGUAGAGACAAAUGUCAAUCCCCCCAAUUACUUACUGAAAAUUGAUCCAGUGUUUUAUAAAAUUGAUGGUACAAGUGUAUGGCCUUUAAAUAUUCCAGAUGAUAAAUCGUUCUAUAAUUUUAAUGAUUCGCAGUUGAAAGCAUUCAAAGCGGCUCUAACUGAAGAAUUUUGUAUUAUUCAAGGACCACCUGGAACAGGAAAAACGUUUUUAGGCCUUAAAAUAGCUCAUACGUUAUUGAACAACCAUACGGCAUGGUUUGAUAGGUCACCAAUACUGGUUAUUUGCUUUACAAACCAUGCUUUGGAUCAGUUUCUUGAAGGAAUACUUCCAGUUACCCAUAACAUAAUAAGAGUGGGUGGACAGUCAAAAAAUGAACACAUGAAAAAUUUUAAUUUAACGCGUAAACGUACUAGACAGACGGAGACUGCAGUUCACCAGAGACGACACGAAGUUAACGAUUAUAGGAACAUGUUAAAAACAAUUAAUCAGUUAUUAGAUCAAAUUGCUUCCAAAGAUGCUAUAUUAGAUUUUCGGAACUUUUCGGAAAUUGAAGAUUUCAAAGACACCUGGUUUGCAGGGCAUUUAAGAGGAGAUAAUAUUUUGCAAUGGUUAUUGGAGGGAAAAUAUAUGAACCAUUUUCAGAAGCCUACGCCGUUUGUUAUGGGAACUGCACAAGAGAUGCCUUUAAAUAACGAAUAUGAAGUAGACCAUCUAUCCGCUUAUGAUGACAAUGACAAUAGAGUAGACUUAGAUGAAUUUGAUGAUAUUGAAAGAGAUACUAGUUUUACACUAGAACCUUUGAUUAGCUUGAAAGGGCUCAACCAAAAGUUGAAUUCAUUGUAUCAGGCCUUAAAUUUAAUUAAAAGCGAUUCUGACUCUACUUUAGAGUCAAUGAUAAAAAUAGAACAAUUUGAAAUGGAAAUUUAUGACACUCAUUCGACUAUUGAGUAUGUGGAGACUCAAUUAAAUACCUAUUCAUAUCAACGUAAUAGAAGAAUGCCACCUUUAGUUGAUUUACAAAAUCCAAAAUCUGUGCCACCAGCUAGAAGAUGGCUAGUUUAUUUUUAUUAUUUGGAUAAGCUCAGGGAUAAUUUAAGAAAUAAAUAUAAAAAAACGACAACCAAAUAUCAAGAGGCUUUUCGCCUUUACAAUGAUCUACGACAGAUGGAAGAUGCUCGCAUAAUGGGAGAUUGUCGUCUGAUAGGUAUGACCACAACAGGAGCAGCCCGAUUACGUAGCACCAUACAGUCUCUCAAAAAUCCUAUUGUAAUAGUUGAAGAAGCAGCGGAAGUUUUAGAAGCUCAUAUUAUUGCAGCACUAACAAAAAACUGUCAGCAUCUUAUAUUAAUAGGUGACCACCUUCAGCUUAAACCAGGAGCCGCUGACUUUAAAAUUGAAACUAAAUACAAAUUGGGUGUUAGUUUGUUUGAACGAAUGGUUAACAAUAACAUUCAGUGUUACACUUUAAAUGUUCAGCAUCGUAUGAAACCGGAAAUAUCAAGUCUUAUUAAACCAAGUAUUUAUGAAGAUCUACAAGACCAUGAAUCUACAUUGCAAAGAGAUCCUAUUUUGGGGGUCGAAAAAUGCUUAUAUUUCAUUGAUCAUAAUAAACCCGAAAGUGAAUGUCAAGAUCAAAGUAAAAAGAAUACUCAUGAAUCAACGUUUUUAAUUGCGCUAGCGCGACAUUUAAUAUUAAAUGGUUAUAAACCAGAGCAAAUAACCAUCCUAGCGGCAUACCUUGGGCAAAUGUUUGAUAUGUUGCACGAAAAACGAAAACCACAUAAUGCUAUGUUUCUAAAAGAUGUUAGAAUUGCUGUCUUAGAUAAUUACCAGGGUGAAGAAUGUGAUAUAAUACUUCUCUCGCUGGUAAGAAGCAACGAAGAAAAUAAAGCAGGUUUUUUAAAAAUACAAAACCGAGUUUGUGUAGCUCUGUCUAGAGCAAGGAAUGGACUGUAUAUUAUUGGAAACAUGAAAUUAUUUUUAAAUUGUAACAGUGAGAACCAGAUUUGGGAUAAAGUAAAUGAGACCCUUCAAAGUCAGAAUGCUAUAGGCGAUGCGUUGACAUUGAAAUGCCAAAUACAUCCUUACAAUUUUACCCAAGUUAAAUCGGCGGAAGACUUUGAAAUAAUUUCUGAAGGUGGCUGCAGUCUUCCGUGUAAUGUUUUGUUGGCUUGUGGUCAUAAUUGUAAACGGACAUGCCAUGUGGGAGAUCGGGACCAUGCUCAGUUCAAAUGUAAUGAACCUUGCCGCCUAUUAUUAUGUGAUAAUUCUGAACACACCUGCAAGAAAAGGUGUUAUGAAGAUUGCGGACCUUGUCAUUAUCCAGUACAGCGUCAUUUGAAUUGUGGUCACUUAGUUACAAUUGCAUGUUAUAUUAACCCAGAUACUUAUAAGUGUCCUGAGUUAGUACCUACGAAGCUUCCAUGUAAUCAUGAAACAAAUAAGCCAUGCUCAUCAGAUCCGAUAACGUUUGCUUGUCCUUAUCCAUGCAAUAUAAGAGUAGAUUCAUGUGGACAUACAUGUAAGAGGCAGUGUCAUAUCAGAGUGGAUCCCGAUCAUUUGAAGUAUAAAUGUAAUAGUCCCUGUGCUUUACCAAAAGUUGGCUGCACACAAGAGGAAAAACAUAUGUGUACAUUAUACUGUUAUUUGCCCUGUGAAGAAUGCACUGUUCCUGUAAGAAAAGAGCGGUCAUGUGGACACGUAUUCGCAGAUAUAGCUUGUAAUACGAAUAUAGAAAAUAUUAUUUGUCCUAGAAAUUGCAAGAAAAUAUUGCCUUGUGGUCAUCCUUGUAAAAGCAAAUGCAAUGCUCCCUGUGGUCCAUGUCCAUUUAAGGUGGGGAAAGAAAUUCCAGUAUGCGGACAUAAAGUUACAUUGAAAUGUUCAGAAGAACCUUUGCAAAAACACUGUCUGAACCGUAUAUGUCCAAGAUUGUUACCUUGUGGUCAUAAAUGCAAAAAUAGUUGUAAAUCUUCGUGUACUGAAGAAUGCAGGGAAAUAGUAGAGUGCAACAUUCAGUCUCCUUGUGGACAUGUGAUAAAGUCAAUUCCGUGCUAUUUAAGAGACAAAAAUUCGCCAUCCGACCUUCUUUCGGUAUGUUCAUCUCCAUGCAAAAUUAAACUGAAAUGUGGUCAUCAGUGUUCAGGGACUUGUGGGACAUGUAAGCAGUCUCGCAUUCAUAAGAGAUGUGCUGAGAGCUGCGGUGUUCCUUUAGUAUGCAAUCAUGAAUGUCCAAUACCAUGUCGACAAGCCUGUAGACCUUGCACUAGACCGUGCGAAAUAAAAUGUUCGCAUAAUAGAUGUAAUAAAAAGUGUGGUGAACCUUGUGUUCCAUGUAAAGAGCUAUGCUCAAGAAGAUGCCCACAUGUGAGGUGCAACAGGUGGUGUGGAGAUAUUUGUAACGUAGACCCCUGCAUAGAAAGGUGUUCCAAAACUCUCCCUUGCGGUCAUCAGUGCGUUGGUUUCUGCGGCGAUCCGUGUCCAAAAUUGUGCAAAAUUUGUAAUGAAGAGGAAUUAACAGAAAUAUUUCUUGGAAAUGAAGACGAACCUGAUGCCAUAUAUGUCAUGCUAAGAGAUUGUGGUCAUAUUUUUGAACAUACUGAUUUGGAAAAUUGGUUAAAAACAGAUGAAGACCAAAUUAAGUUCAAAGUUUGCCCGAAAUGCAAGACCAGCAUUACCACAACACAAAGGUACAGUAAAUACAUAAAAAUGACACUAAGAGAUAUUGUUCAAGUUAAACUGAAAUGUUUGGGCAGAACAAAGUCAAAUGAACAGCUUAGGUCAACCCUUCAAAAAGAACUUCAAUGGCUAAAAGAACAAUAUGUUCUACUAAGUAGAUUAGGUUCCAGUUCUCUAACUGAGCUCCUUACUAUGCUAGAAGAUCGUUUGAAACCUGUAAGAAAUAGUCGAAGACAACCUAUAGGUCUAAUAGAACUUAAUGCAGUAAAAUCUAAAAUUCAGAUAUUAUCUGACAUUAAACCGAUUUUUAAAGAUCCACGUCUACUGUACACUCCAGAGGAAAUUAUACAGUUAGACAUUGUCUUGCAAGUUUUGUUACGAUCGCAAGAUGACAUAACCGAUCAAGAAAUAGAUGACAUAGGAAAUGAAAUUUUGAGAUUAAACAGAAUUGUCCAAUAUCAGAAGAUUGCUAAAAAUUCAAGCUAUGCAAAUAAUCCGGGUAUUCAGUCUUUAUCAAAGAAUAUUAAAGAAGUCGUUUUUGCGAAUUCUAGGUACACCAAAGAGAUUGAUAGGGCUUUGGCCAUUAAUUUGAAAAACCUGUCUGAAAAAGUAGGGUGUUUAGUCAAUAUUACUGAUGCUGAACGCACAGAAAUAGUUAAAGCUAUGGACAUGUCUAAAGGUCAUUGGUAUAAAUGUCCUAAUGGGCAUCCUUACGUUAUAGGGGAGUGUGGAGGUGCCAUGCAAAUUGCAAAAUGUUUUUGUGGUGCCCAGAUAGGGGGCACUGACCAUCACCUUUUACGUAGUAAUGCCCAUGCUGGCGAAAUGGAUGGUUCUGAGCGUCAGGCCUGGCCGGGUGGUCUUUAUUAAAAUUUGUUAUACCAUUCACAAAAAAAAGUCAAGCAAUGUUUCUAGACAAGCUGGCUACUUAAAAAAACCUUAUCGUUACAUGGCUAAUUUUUCAAAAAAAUAAUUAUGGUGAUUCAAAAACAAAUAUUUAAUACUU